CAAAUAACAAUUUUUUGAGAUUGCAUCCUAUGAGUGCUGAUGGUGAAAUCAAAUGUUUUACUCAGUUUCAUAAUGUACAUUGUAAACAAGGAUUUCUUUAUGCUAAUUGUGAGGAUAUUUUAAGAUUAUCCGAGUUACCAUCUGACUUCCGAUAUGAUAUGGAAUGGCCCAUAAAGAAAUUUCCUUUAAAUCGAACGGGUCAUGGCAUCGAAUAUCAUGCAGAAAUGCAAGUAUAUGCGUUGGCAACUUCCAUUCCAGUUGAAUUUAUUUUAAGAGAUGAGAAUGGAGACCCUAUUAAUGAUGUGGAACAAGAAAGAGAUCAAUUAUUGCCAGAAACUUUAAAAUUCUCGUUAGAAUUGAUAUCCCCGGUAACAUGGGAAACAGUAGACAG